AAUUGAUCCGAGCUUCGCAUCCCAACUUCGUCCAUUUAAGUAUCCAUCUGCGGCACUUUGUCCACUUACUCCAACUCCCAACGACCGCCUCCGUCUCUUCACUUGUGGGCCUGCGAUGCAAUAAGGGAUAUCUCUGCAGAGGAGGGAAUAAGUGCAGCGCACCGAUAUCACAGGCCGCAAUGGCCUCCGCACAGCCGAUCCAGAGACCGAUCCAAAAGAUCCUGGAUCCGACAAAGAUCGGAACCUGGAAUAUCGUCCGACGACCACCUAUUGAGAAUGGCAGUAUCAUCCAAGGGAAGCCGAGAGAACAGAGUUCGAAUGCUUUCAAGACAUUUCAAUGGCAAGAAGGGGCACGGCUACGGAAGGCUCUGAAUGCCCUCACUCACGGAAAGAACAUUUUCGUGUACAACAACAUCCGUACCAACCAAGUGGUCUAUUCCUUGACCCGAUAUCUGGAGAAGAACAGUGUUCUCUCCCAGCUCGUAUACCAUGGCAAGAAGACCGUUCCCGCGACCCUCCGAAAAGACAUGUGGGUUCCCUAUUUCUCCGCACAUUUCAACGAGAAGAAGGUCGGUCUGCGAGCCUACCACCUUCUUCGCGAAUUCUCCAUGCAGCGCCAAUUGGCCCCGCCGAGGGAGAUGAUCACGAUCACGGAGGAAUUUCUCCAGCAGAAGCGACCGCGCGAUCCUAACGAGGCCAAGAAGUUUGACGAGGAAUACCAGGGCAAGCUUGGUUGGUUGAUGGACAAGAAGCAGCGUGCCCGUGUCCUGAUGGACCAGAAGGCCACCAGUGUCGCAGAUCUGGCUGCGGUUCUCGCCAUUCAGGAGGAGGAACUCAAGAACGGUUUCGCAGAUGGAAAGAGAGGUUAUCUCACGCGGACGGCGAGACAGCGCCGUCGCGCUGCCCGCGAGCAGGAGAAUGAGCUGGCUGAGAAGCACGCCCAGCUGAUUGCGAACUUCGAAAAGGCCAUCAGCACCCCCGAGGUCGAGUACAAGAUCCAGGAACCCCACGGCAACACGGAAUACGACGUGCAGAACGAUGAGGUCAAGGUUCUCUGGUACGAUCUCCAGGAUGCACGAUACGCCGAAUCAUGGCCGGAGAGAGUCAGACACGGCGAGCUGGAGCUCACCCGUCAGCAUGUUAUUCCCGGACAGAAGCUGUUCGACCUGGACGUGCUGGCCGAUCACGCUUUUGAGGAGAAGAAGCAGGCAUAAAUGCCUACAUUUUUUCAUUUAAAUGAUCUCACGCUGUUCCGUGAAACGCACAGCUGAGAUGAACCUGGCACGCGUCUACUCCUAUAAUGCCAUAUCCUCUUUCUCGCACCCCUUUCUGGCGGAUCAAAAAAGAAAACCGGAGUUUAGGCAACCCCGCUUCCAUAUUCCUUU